CAAACUUGUUAGAGCGUCCUAGUUAAAUAACUUUAAGGGUCUUGCUGAAAGCCGAAUUUUUAUCAAUAAAUAAUAUUUUCAGGUAUUUGUUUUUGCUGCACGGGAAGCAUGGUUGAAUCUUGGCAUGUAUGACAGCAUGAUGUCCCCAUCAGAACCGCACAAAAACAUGAAAGAGGUAGAGCUGGACUGGUUCUCAAAGGUUGUUCCAGACAUAUUUCACUCUCCAGAAUAUUACAUAAACAUAGUCAAGUUUCGUGACAUAUUUAACUGGACAAUGACUUACAGGAAAGAUUCUGAUAUACCAAUGUUAUAUGGGCAAGUUCUUCAUAAACGUGAUGUGAGUGACAAUGCUAAGCUUUUGCUAGAACAAGAAAACAACAAGAAAAGUUAUGAUGCCAUCUAUAGCAGAAAAAAAAGAGAUGCUGUUUGGCUAGUGAGUCACUGCUCAACAAAAUCAAAAAGAGAAAAAUAUAUAGAAAAAUUGAAGAACCACAUAAAUGUUGAUAUCCUAGGACAUUGUGGGGAAAACUUGUGUCCAAAAACAUCUCGACACUCUGGAUGUAUAGAAGACAUUGUCAAGACGUAUAAAUUUGUUCUUUCAUUCGAGAAUACAUUUCACACAGAUUAUGUAACAGAGAAGUUAUUUGACUGGUUCCCUAGAGACAUCAUACCUGUUGUUUACGGUAUGGCAGACUACAAUAAAAUAGUCCCAGAUGGUACAAUAAUUAAUGCUGCCAAUUUUAGCUCACCCAAACUUUUAGCAAAUUAUUUGAAUUACGUCGGAUCAAACCGUGAUGUGUAUGUGAAAUAUCUGCGACGGAAAAGGCGUUAUGUUACUGUAGGGCAUGACGUGAUGCAACAGAAAGCUUACUGUAUGCUUUGUGACUGGUUGCACAAUUUAAACACCCAUCGGAAGUCUUAUUCUAAAAUAGACCAAUGGUGGCAGCUUAAUGAUACAUCAGGGUACAUUACAUUGUACAAACAGGCAAUGUCAUCCAGUGGGUAUAGUCAAAGAAUGUUCUGGGUUGUGUUUCUUGUAAUAUUGUUGCUGAUACUAUUUUUCUGUCAAUGUGUAACAUUUGCAUACAAAAGAUUAGCUAUAAGACAGACAGUCAAAAUGACAUUUAAACUAAAUAAAUGGUAA